AUGAACUUCUAUCCUCCGCAGGGUUUCUUUCCCCCGCAGAUGGAUUACUAUCAUCCGCAGGGUUUCUUUCCUCCGCAGGUGGACUUCCAUCCUCCGCAGGGUUUCUUUCAUCCGCAGGUGAACUACUAUCCUCUGCAGGGUUUCUAUCCUCCACAGGUGGAUUACUAUCCUCCGCAGGUGGAUUACUAUCCUCCGCAGGUGGAUUACUAUCCUCCGCAGGUGGAUUACUAUCCUCCGCAGGUGGAUUACUAUCCUCCGCAGGUGGUUCUCCCUCAGCAGGUGGUUCUCCCUCAGCAGGUGGUUCUCCCUCAGCAGGUGGUUCUCCCUCCGCAGGUGGUUCUCCCUCAGCAGGUGGUUCGCCCUCAGCAGGUGGUUCUCCCUCAGCAGGUGGUUCUCCCUCAGCAGGUGGUUCUCCCUCAGCAGGUGGUUCUCCCUCAGCAGGUGGUUCUCCCUCAGCAGGUGGUUCUCCCUCAGCAGGUGGUUCUCCCUCAGCAGGUGGUUCUCCCUCAGCAGGUGGAUCUCCCUCAGCAGGUGGUUCUCCCUCAGCAGGUGGUUCUCCCUCAGCAGGUGGUUCUCCCUCAGCAGGUGGUUCUCCCUCAGCAGGUGGUUCUCCCUCAGCAGGUUGACGUCUAUCCUCCGCAGGUGGACCUUGUGGAUCCUGGUGUUCAGCCUCCCUCUCCUCCCUCUCCUCCCUCUUCUGAUUUUUCUGCCUCAGAUUUCCAGAGCCCUCAGGAGUUCCUGGACGUUUUUGUGCAAUCUCUGGAUUCAGCUCCUGCCUCCCCCACUCCUUCUCCCUUUCUUUCCUCCCCCUCACGUCCUGUUUCUCCCACCUCUCCCUCUGCGCUCUCUUCCUCUUUUUCUGCCUCGGAUUUCCAGAGCCUUGAGGAGUUCCUGGACGUUUUUCUACAGACUCUGGAUCCAGCUCCUGCCUCCCCCACUUUUGCUCCUCUUCAGGUCCCUCCCACCUUUGGGGCAGCUGUCCCCUCUCCUCCUGGUACUGCUCCUCCUUCUCCCCUCCUUGCCUCCCCCUUGCACUCUUCGUCUCCAGAUACAGAGGAGUUUGUUUUAGGUCCAGUCAUUCCUAAUCUCCCUUCUUCUCGUCCAGAUAUCUGUGACCCAGAGUGUUCGUCAGUUACUAACACUUCUUCUCCCCAUUCCUCUUUUUCCCGUAAACGUAGCAGGGACGAGUGCACUGCUGAGACCAGCUCCAAGAGGCGGCGCUGCUCAUCUCCUGCUCCUGCCUCCCUUCUCCUCGCCCCUGCUCCCUCUUCUUCCUCCCUCUCUCCUUCCUCCUAA